GCGCCUGCGCAUUCCUGGCAACUCCUCCCAGACCGGACAUAACGGUCCGCGCGCGGCUCCUCGAACCGGAAGUGGAGGCGAACUGUCGUGGGGCGCGCCGGGGCUUGCUCAACGCCCGGCAGUCUCUGCCGUCGCCGCCACCGCCCUCGGCAGCUGCUGAGGCCUCCCGCGGCCGCCAUGUCCGCCAGCGCCGUCUACGUGCUGGACUUGAAGGGCAAGGUGCUUAUCUGCCGGAACUACCGCGGUGACGUGGACAUGUCAGAGGUGGAGCACUUCAUGCCCAUCCUGAUGGAGAAGGAGGAGGAGGGGAUGUUAUCACCCAUCUUGGCCCAUGGAGGGGUCCGCUUCAUGUGGAUCAAGCACAACAAUCUUUAUUUGGUCGCCACUUCCAAGAAGAACGCAUGUGUGUCACUGGUGUUCUCCUUCCUCUAUAAGGUGGUGCAGGUAUUUUCCGAAUACUUCAAGGAGCUGGAGGAAGAGAGCAUCAGAGACAACUUUGUCAUCAUCUAUGAGCUGUUGGAUGAGCUCAUGGACUUUGGCUACCCCCAGACCACUGACAGCAAGAUCCUACAGGAAUAUAUCACUCAGGAAGGCCACAAGCUGGAAACAGGGGCUCCACGGCCCCCAGCCACUGUUACUAAUGCAGUAUCCUGGCGAUCCGAAGGCAUCAAGUAUCGGAAGAAUGAGGUGUUUUUGGACGUCAUUGAGUCUGUCAACCUCUUGGUCAGUGCCAAUGGCAACGUCCUGCGCAGUGAGAUCGUGGGCUCCAUCAAGAUGCGUGUCUUCCUCUCAGGCAUGCCUGAGCUGCGCCUGGGCCUCAAUGACAAGGUUCUCUUCGACAACACGGGCCGUGGCAAAAGCAAGUCUGUGGAGUUGGAGGAUGUGAAAUUCCACCAGUGCGUGCGUCUGUCGCGCUUUGAGAACGACCGCACCAUCUCCUUCAUCCCACCCGACGGCGAAUUUGAGCUCAUGUCCUAUCGUCUCAACACCCAUGUCAAGCCCUUGAUAUGGAUCGAGUCAGUGAUUGAGAAGCAUUCUCACAGUCGCAUUGAGUACAUGAUCAAGGCCAAGAGCCAGUUCAAGCGGCGCUCAACAGCCAACAAUGUGGAAAUCCACAUCCCUGUGCCCAACGACGCUGACUCGCCCAAGUUUAAGACAACAGUGGGAAGUGUCAAGUGGGUCCCUGAGAACAGCGAGAUUGUGUGGUCCAUCAAGUCAUUCCCGGGUGGCAAGGAGUAUCUGAUGCGGGCCCACUUUGGCCUGCCCAGCGUGGAGGCUGAGGACAAGGAGGGAAAGCCUCCAAUCAGUGUCAAGUUUGAGAUCCCCUACUUCACUACCUCCGGCAUCCAGGUGCGUUACCUGAAGAUCAUUGAGAAGAGCGGCUACCAGGCCCUUCCCUGGGUCCGUUACAUCACUCAGAACGGAGAUUACCAGCUCCGGACCCAGUGACGGCCCACUGCAGCCAACAAGCUCCUGGUCAAUGCACCAGGGGACAUACCUGCCAAGCCCACUGGACGGAGAUGGCAUACUCCCUGGACGCUGGCCAUCCUCCCGGCCUCCACCCAGGGACCCUUUCCUUCUCCAGGCUACCUGCCCUGCUGUUGACAGUCUUCUCAGAAGUCCCUUUUCCUGGAAGAGGCUCACCUUAGAGAAGUCUCGUCUCUGCCCUGAAAUCAGUUUGAGGGGAAGGAAAUGAAAUCUUUUCCCCUCUACACAUAAAAUACAGCCUUUUGUGCUGUUGAGUUCCAGGUACCAAACAGCUUGGUUAGCACUUGCCGGACCGCCAGCCGCAGGCGGCAUCUUGCCACUGAGGGGAAGCACCAGCCUCACCAGGCCAGCAGGGGCUUCAUUUUAUUGCCAUUUUGUUGAACUUUAUAGGCUUAUGGGAGAUCUCAGAACUUGUCUUUGUUCAUUUGUUGUUUGUGUUACCCUCAGUGUCCCUGUGUCCCCCCACAUCCUAAGGCACUCAGGCAGCACUUGGUGAGGGCAAACCCUCACCCUCCUUGUUCCCUUUGCAGCAGGGCCCACAGCAGAGCCUGUUUACAUGUUGGAGUCAGCGCCAAGCGCUCUUAUUGGCUGCUUCUUGGAGGGCCCUGACCUGACUCAGCGCCUUCCCAGGGCCAGCCUGGGCCAUGAGAUGCUGUCACUCAGCCAGAUCAGUAUUUCCCCAUCAGGGGAGAUGGGAUCCAGUGAGGAGUACCAGCCUCAGCCUUCCUCCAGCCAAGGGUCCAGAGGGUGGGGGACAUGUGUCAUCCACCCUCCCCACCCUUUGUGUGUUUAUGACAUAGUUACAUUAAAUUUCAUUCAUUAAAUAUGC